CGACAGUAACCCGGAAAGGGAAUUUUGCUUUCCAAACCGGAUAUCCGUCUACAACUGAGGUCACAGGUUCUCUCUCGCAGCCAUCUUGGAUAUAACAUCCUGAGUUGCAAUCAUGCCAGGCGAAGCAACAGAAACAGUCCCAGUGACGGAGCAGGAGAUGCAGCAGCCACAAGUGGAGACUGCACCAACUCCUGCCCCAGCUUCCGCCCAGCAACCCCAGACAGCUUCUGGCCCGGUUAAGCCCAAAGGCAAAGAUGCUAAAAGUGCUCAGGGUCCUUCUGCCCCAAAGGCCGUUCCUGGCAGAAGGAAACGCUCCUCUAUGUCUGCCUCAUCCUCGUCUCCCACCUCACCAAAAUCCACUCCUUCCUCAACCCCCUUGUCACCGGUUCCAUCCCCCUUAGCUUCCUCACCAUCAGCUAAUCACGGUACUCGUUUUGCUCCAAAAGUUGUGAAGGCUGGCAAACAAGAUAAAGCCAAGAAAAUAGAGGCCUUUAUGCCUCAACCUCUCACCCAGGAUGUCACGGUCAUCGAACAAAGUACAAAAUCAGUUGAUACCAAACAAAUUGUUGAUGUGAGACCUGCCCCAACUGAGCCAAAACAAAAAUCUACAUCUGCUGCAAAACCUGUUGGAACCCCAGCAGCUAAAGUUCUCCCAAAAUCUGCUGUGGCAGCUUCAGAUUUUCUUGCUUCUAGCCCUUCCAAAUCUUCUCAAGUAACUUUGUUGACCUCUGCUUCUUUUCCUGCUGAUGAUGAUCUCCCACCACUCAUCCCACCUACAAAGCCAAGCAAAAUGUUAAAUCAAAGUAGUCCUACUGGCCCUUUAGAUGUAUCUAAAAUUGAAUUGAAAUCUAAGCAUCUAUCUGUGGAAGAAAUCAAGACUGAUUUAGAGCCAAAGACUAUGCCUGCUGAAAAAACUGCUCAAGUUAAAAAACCUAAAGCUUCAAUUGUCACUGGUGAGACCAAAACACCAUUUCAAACCAAGGCCAACCCCAACAAUUUGGAGACAAAGCCACCCACCCAGGGCAAACCUGCUCCUGUGGAGGUGGCAAAACCAGCUAUACAGGCUAAGUCAGCCCAUCAGAUCAAAUCUGCUCCUGUGCAGCCUGUUCCUGUCGAUGCUGCCAAGACAGUUCCACAAGACAAGGAUGUCAAACCUGCUUCGAUUGAGGCUGACAAGCCACCCUUGCAGGAACAGCUUGUUCCUGAGUCAGUUACCAAGCCAACCACACAGGAUAAGCCUAAGCCCAUGCAGGCUGCCAAGUCAGUCCCACAAGGUAAGGCUGCCAAGCCUGCUCCCGUUGAGGCCACCAAGCAAGUCCCAUCACAGGCUGCCAAGCCUGCCACGACGGACAGGUCCAUGACCAAGUCCACUACUGUCCAGGCUGCCAAGCCAGCCUCACAAGACAAGGCUGCCAAACCUGCUCCCAUUGAGGCCACCAAGCCAGCCUUGCAGGACAAGCAUGUCCCUGUGCAGGCUGCAAAACCAUCCCCACAAGACAAGACUUCAAAACCUGCUACUGUAGAGCCCACCAAGCCAGUCUCGCAGGAUAAACAUGCCCCCAUUGAGGCUGCCAUAUCUGCCACCCAUGACAAGUCCACUCCUCUGCAGGCUGCCAAGCCUGCUACCGUAGAGCCCACCAAGCCAGUCUUGCAGGUUAAACAUGUCGUUGUGGAGGCUGCAAAGCCUGCCACUCAGGAUAAGUGCACUACCAAGUCCACUCCUGUGCAGGCUGCCAAGCCAGACCCACAAGUCAAGGCUGCCAAGCCUGCUCCUGUAGAGCCCACUAAGCCAGUCUUGCAGGAUAAACAUGUCCUCGUAGAGGCUGCCAAGCCUGCCGCUCAGGACAAGUCCAAUACCAAGUCCAAUCCUGUGCAGGCUGCCAAGCCAGACCCACAAGUCAAGGCUGCCAAGCCUGCUCCUGUAGAGCCCACUAAGCCAGUCUUGCAGGAUAAACAUGUCCUCGUAGAGGCUGCCAAGCCUGCCGCUCAGGACAAGUCCAAUACCAAGUCCAAUCCUGUGCAGGCUGCCAAGCCAGACCCACAAGUCACGGCUGCCAAGCCUGCUUCUGUAGAACCCACCAAGCCAGCAUUGCAUGAUAAAAAUGCCCCUGCGGUGGCUGCGAAGCCUGCCACUCAGGACAAGUCCACUCCUGUACAGGCUGCCAAGCCAGACCCACAAGUCAAGGCUGCCAAGCCUGCUCCUGUAGAGCCCACUAAGCCAGUCUUGCAGGAUAAACAUGUCCUCGUAGAGGCUGCCAAGCCUGCCGCUCAGGACAAGUCCAAUACCAAGUCCACUCCUGUGCAGGCUGCCAAGCCAGACCCACAAGUUAAGGCUGCGAAGCCUGCUCCUGUAGAGCCCACUAAGCCAGUCUUGCAGGAUAAACCUGCCCCUGCAGGGGCUGCUAAGCCUGCUUCCGUAGAGCCCACCAAGCUAGCCUUGCAGGAUAAACAUGUCCUUGUGGAGGCUGCCAAGCCUGCCACUCAGGACAAGUCCAAUACCAAGUCCACUCCUGUGCAGGCUGCCAAGCCAGACCCACAAGUCAAGGCUGUGAAGCCUGCUACUGUAGAGCCCAUGAAGCCAGUCUUGCAGGAUAAACCUGCCCCUGCAGGGGCUGCUAAGCCUGCUUCCGUAGAGCCCACCAAGCUAGCCUUGCAGGAUAAACAUGUCCUUGUGGAGGCUGCGAAGCCAGCGGCACAAGUCAAGGCUGCCAAGCCUGCUCCUGUAGAGCCCACUAAGCCAGUCUUGCAGGAUAAACGUGCCCCUGCAGGGGCUGCCAAGCCUGCUUCCGUAGAGUCCACCAAGCCAGCCUUGCAGGAUAAACAUGUACCUGUGGAGGCUGCCAAGCCUGCCACUCAGGACAAGUCCACUUCUGUGCAGGCUACCAAGCAAGCCCCACGAGACAAGGCAGCCAAGCCUGCUCCUGUAGAGCCCACCAAGAUAGCCUUGCAGGAUAAACAUGUACCUGUGGAGGCUGCCAAGCCUGCCACACAGGACAAGUCUACUCCUGUGCAGGCUGCCCCACGUGAGAAGGCUGCUAAACCUUCUCCUGUAGAGACCACCAAGUCAGCCUUGCAGAAAAAACAUGUCCAUGGGGAGGCUGGAAAUCCAGUCCCUCAGGACAAAUCUACUACCAUGAAUGCUGCAAAGCCAAACUUGCAGGACAAACCUGUGGUAGAGCCAGAGAAACUUGCUCAGAAGGCUGAACUCAAGUCUGUGGCGGAAACAAAACCAGUUCAUGAGACAAAAGUGGUUGCAGAUUCUCCAGUCCCCGACCCAACUUCCUGCAAACUGACAUUGGAUGAGGCCCUUGCAAAGCCGACCCCUGUCCAAUCUGAGGUUGAGUUAUUAAAUUCUUUGGCAUCGCUCAAAACUGCCCCCACAUCUGAUAAAACCCCAGCCCAGGUGGAGACUGUGAUCAAGAACGAUGCGGGUUCUGGCACAGAAUCGGAGAGUGAUGACUCAGUCCCUGAGCUGGAAGAACAGGACUCUGCGCAGACACAGACUCAGCAAGCACAGGUUGCAGCAGCUGCUGAACUCGAUGAGGAACCCGUCAGUAAAGCCAAACAAAGCCGCAGUGAAAAGAAGGCGCGAAAGGCAAUGUCAAAACUCGGUCUCAGGCAGGUAACAGGUGUCACCAGAGUCACAAUUCGCAAAUCCAAGAACAUCUUGUUUGUCAUAACGAAGCCAGAUGUCUACAAGAGCCCCGCAUCAGACACAUACAUUGUUUUCGGUGAAGCUAAGAUUGAAGAUCUCUCUCAGCAAGCCCAGCUGGCUGCUGCAGAAAAAUUCAAGGUGCAGGGAGAAGCUGUAUCGAACAUCCAGGAAAAUACACAGACGCCAACAGUACAGGAGGAGAGCGAAGAGGAAGAGGUUGAUGAAACUGGAGUUGAGGUAAAGGACAUUGAACUCGUCAUGUCACAAGCAAACGUAUCACGGGCCAAAGCUGUACGUGCCCUCAAAAACAACAACAAUGACAUUGUCAAUGCUAUUAUGGAGUUGACAAUGUAAAGCGGACCCUGGCAAGAAGCGUUUGAAGAAAGGUUGCUGAUUCGAUAUUGGCUCAUUUGUAGAAUUUAUACACAAGAUGGAAAUUAAAGUGUGACUUAACAAUAAAAAUGUUGCUUGUACU